AUGGCACAUCCGCGCCAUUUCGCGCACCAAACCCACUCCACCUACUUCGACGUCCAAUCCUCCCUCUUCGGCCCACAUGUAUUUUCAAUAACAGCAAUCGAACCCGACCCGGACGCAAACGUGGAUGACUGGCACGCCUUCGCAGUUAACUCCGCAUAUUACGGCAGCCCUACCUCCCUUCUCUACGCCAUCGCCUCGACCUUCGUGAGUCGAGCGAAGCGCGCGUAUGCAAGUGGCAAGACGUGGGAGGAAUUUGAGAGGGAGGAGUGGAGGGUUGAUAGCGCGGCUGUGGCGAAGGCUGAGGUCGAUCCUGCGAAGAGGAAAGUCUUGAUGCAGGAGAGUUUGGAUAAUGGAGUGAGGUUGGGUGUGCUGAGGGAGUUGAAGGGACGGCUGAGGACAGAGGUAUGGGCCGAGAGGGAGUUGGAGCGGAAGGAUAGUAAGGUGGAUGGGAGGGCUGAUACGCCGGUGGAGAAUGGGAAUGGGGUGGAUGAGGAACGCACGGUGGAGAGAUUUUCUUUGGGGCCUGGGCGGAGGCUUGUGGUGGAGUGGCGCGAGGAUGUGCAUAAGAAAGGCUAA